AUCGAUUCGAGUACGGCUAAGGCUUUGUGGUUCAUCACUGGAUCUUGUGUCCCACAAGAUCCUGGCACUGGUUGAUUCUUCGCACCGUCACACAACCACCAGUCAAGUCAAGACGUUGGCGUCUAACGUUGGACAAAGUCCGUGCCAGGAGUUGGUUCCCGUCAUCCCGCGUCAACAUGCAACCGUAUCUGGCUCGUCCCGGUAUGGAAACCGGAGUCUUUUACAUACCCAUAGCAAACCUGCCUUUCGACACAAACUGGAGGCAAUUCAAGGAUUGGCUUCGCGAAGGUUGUGUGGUUGAUCAUGUUCAAAUCUUUGGACCUAGUACGUCUGGCUGGAUUAGGGUGAUGGGCCAACACAAUUUCUACGGUGCCUGUGAUCGCCUGAAGGAGGGCGUGUUCCACGGCAGGCGGAUCAUGUUUGACGAUCGUAACAUGUCAAACCCCAUCAUGAUCAAGGAUGUCGAGGUAAACGAACAUUCAGCAUCUACACAAGCGAAAUCGCGGAGACCCGAAUAUCCAGCGACAAACUAUCAGCAGACUGGUCCGUAUUCGUAUGAUUCCUAUCCAGAAGCAUCGUGUUCUCAGUGGGAUCAGAAUAGUUGUGGUUUUCGUCGAGACUACAGCACUCAACAGCCAGCCAUGUGUUAUGCAGACGACGGUUUUAGUACGGGCACGUACUCUACUUCCUCUGGCCAAACCAAUACCGCCUUCCGGACCCCAGAUACUGCACGAAGCGCUGCCGAAGCACUCGGCGUAAAGGACUGGAUGAGCUAUAAGAGUGACGCAUGUUUUAUUAGCGAAGGAAUCACCGGCGGACAGCCCCAAAAGCCGGUUUCUCGUCCAAAGAAGAACGGCGACCCGGCAAAAAAGAAAAGAUCGAUCGAGAAGUCAAAAACAUCGGCAACGCCUAGCUCGAGUAGUAGUCGGCCAUCAGGCGACUCGCCAUCUUCUCAUCAAUCGCAAGUACAAAAGCCAUCUGGGCCGGUAAUUGCUCGCGGCAGCAAACCUCAUUCUCUAUCAAAGUCUAAGGAGAAAAAAGGGUGAUAGGAAGGUACCCUGCCAGUGUUAUCAACCACUGAAUGCGCAUCAGACGACAUAUCCCCAAACGCUCGAUGCAUGGUGCUUCUGUUGAGAUGGAAUUUUUCUGUUUUACUCUUGCACUUGCAAGAGUUUUC